UCUUCCCCUCCGUCCCCUCGCGAGUGGUCGAGCCGGACAGCAGCAGCAGCAGCACCACCACCAACACCACCACGUGCGCGGCCGCGGGGAAGUUCUGCGCGAGUGGGAGUGGGAGUGGGAGCCGAGCCGCCGCGAUGGAGUUCGAGGAGCUGGGGAUACGCGAGGAGUGCGGGGUGUUCGGCUGCGUGGCGGCGGGCGAGUGGCCCACGGAGCUGGAGGUGGCCCAGGUGAUCACGCUGGGGCUGGUGGCGCUGCAGCACAGGGGACAAGAGAGCGCUGGAAUCGUGACGAGCAAUGGAGCCUCCCCACCAGUGUACUACUCACACAAGGGGAUGGGUCUGGUGAGCAACGCCUUCCCGCCCGAGGCCCUGCAGAAGCUCGAGUACGGAAACCUGGGCAUCGGACACACGCGGUACUCGACGACGGGCAUUUCGGAGCUGCAGAACUGCCAGCCCUUCGUCGUGGAGACGCUGCACGGGAAGAUCGCCGUGGCCCACAAUGGGGAGCUGGUGAACGCCCAGAAGCUGCGCAAGCAGGUGAUGCGCCACGGCGUGGGUCUGUCCACCAGCUCCGACAGCGAGCUGAUCAUGCAGCUGCUGGCCCUCACUCCGCCCAUGGAGGAGCUGGACACCCCGGACUGGGUGGCUCGGAUAAAGAAUCUGAUGACUGAAACGCCGACUUCCUACUCCUUACUCGUGAUGCACCAAGACGUUAUUUACGCAGUCCGUGACCCAUAUGGGAAUCGACCUCUCUGUCUGGGCCGCCUUGUUCCCAGCUCCAGAUUGCAGGGCGCAGGGGGCGAGACAGGGAGUGCGGAAACCGAGGGCUGGGUUGUCUCCUCUGAAUCCUGCGGUUUCCAGUCAAUCGGAGCCCGGUAUUAUCGUGAGGUCCUGCCAGGAGAGAUUGUGCAGAUCUCGAAGCAUGGGGUGAAGACGCUGAGUGUUGUGCCCAGACCAGAGGGAGAUCCUCCUGCCUUCUGCAUAUUUGAAUAUGUUUAUUUUGCGAGACCAGACUCGAUAUUUGAAGGGCAGAUGGUGUACUCUGUCCGGCAGCGGUGCGGGCGCCAGCUCGCCAUCGAGGCCCCGGCGGACGCAGACGUGGUCAGCACGGUCCCCGAGUCCGCGACCCCGGCCGCGCUGGGGUUCGCCCAGCAGGCCGGGCUUCCCUACGUCGAGGUGCUGUGCAAGAACCGCUACGUGGGCCGCACCUUCAUCCAGCCCAACACGCGGCUGCGGCAGCUGGGGGUGGCCAAGAAGUUCGGGGCGCUGACGGACAACUUCGCGGGGAAGAGGGUGGUGCUCGUGGACGACUCCAUCGUGCGGGGCAACACCAUCUCUCCCAUCAUCCGGCUGCUCAGAGAAGCCGGGGCCAAAGAGGUUCACAUCCGCGUGGCUUCACCUCCCAUAAGAUUCCCGUGCUACAUGGGGAUCAACAUUCCAACCAAGGAGGAGCUGAUUGCCAACAGACCGGAGUUUGAGAACAUUGCUCGAUACAUCGGAGCGACCAGCGUGGUGUACCUCUCGGUCGAGGGGCUGGUGGCGGCCGUGCAAGGCGGCGUGGCGUCCCGCGAGGAGAAGGACGCGGUGAUCGGCGGCAAGGCCAGCCGGAAAGGGGGCCACUGUACGGCCUGCCUCACCGGGAAGUACCCUGUGGAGCUGGAGUGGUGAGGGGAGGGUUCACCCGCUGCUCAGAGGCUCCUUCUGCCACUUCUGAUGCAGCUCGGAGCAUCGGAGCCGCGAGCGUUGCUCUGUGUCUGUUUUACCGCACACGGCUGUCUUUAUCAAGGACUCCGGUUUUCAGAGGAGAGCGGGCAAGACUUCCCGUGAGAAAGACUUCCAGAAUGUCCCUCUUGAAGACUAACCGGAGGAGCGGCUGCUUCACCUGGACUUUCUUUUUGGCCCGUUGUGCUUUUAUUCGGAAUGUCGGCAGGAAAUCCUGCCCGUCGUAUUCCUGGAUUACUCCUGGAUUCCUCUACCUGUACGUGCCGUCCGUUGCGUAGAACAGAACCGCCACGCCUACAAAACUGUUAACGAAACGCUUGGAAACAAAAAGGACAGCGGCCAUGUAAACGGCCCAGUUUGUUAGGAUCCGAAUCCUACCUACAGAACCCUAUCGCAGCACCAGAGGUCCAGUUUAAUCCACGCAUCCAAAGCUUAGUGCUGUUAAGGGGCACGAGGCAGGACUGUGCCCUGAGCGGAUCACUUGUCCACUGCAGGGCGCUGCCCUGACCCCGCCAGCAUGUCCACAGGAGGGAGGAGCAAACUCGGGCACCUGGAAAGAGAGAACAUGCAUACUCCACAGAGUAACUAACAAACUCCUCUGGGGCUAAUUUUCAAGCAUUAGAAGUCUCAUGUUCUUCUCCAUGCUUGAGGAAAUCAUUUUUUGCACUUACGAUACCACCCUUGUCACGAUAUACAUGCGAUACCAGGCCAAUUGACCCUACAGUAAAGUGCAUUGAUUGCUCAGUGUCUUUUAAUAUGGCGAAGCAGAUCUGCAGGAAGGGAAUAGCUUGUACUUCGGUUUCAAAACGCUACAGGAAGAGUCUGUCCCAAUCAUUGGGGUUCGGGAUGAAAAAUGCCACGGCCAGCUCUGUGUCAAAGAGGUUAAGGUGUUGAUAGUAACUGCUGGAUAGUUAGUGCUAAAAUGAGAGAAUGUUUUUAGACUUUGAUUUAAAGCAGUGUUGCCGAGUAAUGUACAAUUUAUACUAGGCCCCAGUUGUUUAUGUUCUUUGUUUAAAGAUGAAGUGUUACAUUUCCUAUAAAUGUAGCUUACAGGCAAUCUUUGUUUCGUAGGCAGCAGCUGUUGCCAAACUUUUUAAAUAUUUUUUGCAAAUGUCAAAAAUGUGUAAACGUGUUAAAGUUUCUGUGAUUAAGGCACAUCCAUUUGUUGUGAAUGAAUGCUUCAGUGUAUCUGUAUAACUAUGAAAUUGCAAGGGGUAAGAAGUUCAAUUUACCGUUACUGUCUUUUUGCCUUGGAUGCAAAAUUCAGAAUAUGCUACACUUCUGCUUCAUAACAAGUGGGAAGUUUCCAGAAUAGAGGCCUUUUAGAUGCUUAAUGGACGACGGUCCUCAGUCACAGAAACUUGAUCAAAUCUUUCGUCGGUUGCCAAAUGGGAUGUGAACCCUAAGAAAUAUUGCAAUAUAAUUUGCAAACGUUGUUUUUAAGACAAAAUCCCUAACAAUCCGUUUGUACCCUUAGAUGAAUAUUAAAAGCUCAAGAACGUGAAUUUGAAUAAAGAUCUUUUAAAAAUCCUGAA